UGUCAGUGUUGCGAUGCCUCUCCGGCAGUCCUCCCCUCCCUCGCUGUGGCUCACCUGGCCGGUUUGACGAGAUCACCUGGUGUGAUCGGAUUGUUAUUUUGACGGGAGCGGUUGGUUUGCAGGAGCGUCUCUCCUCCCUCUCUAAUGAAUUCAUUAAUUAUCUCGCUUCCUCAUCCAAAAACGCGCCGCCGAGUUAAACACAGGAGCCACACGCACUGCCUUUAUGUUAUAGAUUCAUGCAUGUCUUCACUUUUACUUUUAUCGCGGCGCUAAAAAAACUGUUUUUGUUUGUUUUCUUCUUCAAAAUCCGGGCGGUUCUGACACUUGGAUUAUAAUCCGGGCGAGUCUUAGAGAAAGGUUUUUAUUUUUCAGUUUUGCAAUGAGAGGCGUGUGGAUUCCCCAGCGGGCUUGUCUGCUAAUGACUCUGCUGCUGUUGCUGCUGCUGGCGUGCGAAGCGCUCGGAGCCGAGGCAGAUGGAUUGUUUAUAGAUGAGAAAGCUGCCGUCUCUUUCCUCGGCCGCUCUCUGCUCUAUAACAGCUGGGAUUUCGAAGCAAUCGUCCCUGAUAAUCUGGAGCGGGAGUGCCUGGAGGAGGUGUGCACCUACGAGGAGGCUCGUGAGUGCUUCGAGGAUGACAAGGCCACGAAAAACUUUUGGAAAACAUACGUGCAGGCUCACUCUCCACCCCCCUUUGAUAUCAGUGGUCUCGUGGCUGGUUUGAUCUCCUCUGUGGUUCUUGUUGUGAUUGCAGUCCUGCUCUGCUGUUACUGCUGUAAAGCAAGGAGGCUGAACCACAGGAGAGGAGGCAGUAUUCCCGUCAGGAUGUCAGCUGACCCCGACAGGCCGGGGGAGGCGAUAGCUCUGACCGAUAUCCCAGAACCCCCCGGGGCUCCGGGGCUCCCAUCCUAUCAGGAGGCUUUAAACAAGUCCGGUCAGCAUGACGCCCUACCCCCUCCUUACACAGGAGACCAGCCUGCUGCACCAGCCAAUGAGACGACAGAGUGAGUCGAUGAGAAUGCCAGGAUGUAGGGGGCGUGGUUAGAGUUGAGGGGCGUGUUUAUGGUUGAUAGGGGCGUGGUUAGGGCUGGAGGGGGCGUGGUUAGUGUUGGGGGCUGGGUCCAUUCUUGGUUUUUUUUCCAUAGAAACUACAUUUUAUGAAUUUUUAAAUAUUUUUAUUGUUAUUUCAGAUAUUUUAUAUAUAUAUAUAUAUAUUAUAUAUUUUUAUCUGGCUGAGCCUGUGAGCUCAGGAGCUUCUAUUCAGUUCCAGCUGCGUUGCCGUGGUUAUUGUGAAUCGGGACAGCCCUGGCUAUAGGACUACAGCUCCCAGCAUGCCUCUGCUGCACCGCGGGCCAGUGGCGAGGGAUGCUGGGAGCUGUAGUUCUUUAUCUCAGAGCCCUGGCUGUGUUCUUGCAUCACAAUACAAAUCAUUUAAACACCUCAGUUCAGCUGCCUGCUGUAGACGCAUGUGGCCGAGAUCGCCUUUAUAUUAGCGACUGUAAAUUAAAACUGCAAUUAAAGGUUCUUUUUGUGAGAAAA